CAUGGAUGUCACAUCCUUUUACUUGUCUUUUGUGAUUCUUUGUAGUGCUUAUAUUCACAUGGGCAUGAACAAGUGACCCUCUGUAUCAUCUCUCCCGGUCAUCUCCUGCGUCUCCGCAUUGCGCUACUUGUCUAGUCUCUACCAUGGCGGCUUUGAACGGAGCAGCGACCGAUAUGAAGUCGACCUUCCGCAGGGUAUACUCUACCCUGAAAUCUGAGCUGCUCCAAGACCCCGCUUUCGACUUCACCGAUGAUUCUCGUCAAUGGGUCGACAGGAUGCUGGAGUACAAUGUUCCUGGAGGAAAGCUGAAUCGAGGUCUCUCUGUGAUUGAUAGCUAUAAGCUGCUGCAAGAAGGAAGAGAACUUCCAGAAGAUGAAAUCUUUCUAGCAUGUGCACUUGGUUGGUGCAUUGAAUGGUUUCAAGCUUAUUUUCUUGUUCUUGAUGAUAUUAUGGACAACUCUCACACACGCCGUGGUCAACCUUGUUGGUUCAGAAUGCCCGAAGUUGGCAUUAUUGCUGUGAAUGAUGGGAUUAUCCUUCGUAACCAUAUUUCUAGAAUUCUCAGAAGACACUUCAGAGAAAAGCCUUACUACGUGGAUCUUCUAGAUUUAUUUAAUGAGGUGGAGUUCCAGACAGCCUCAGGACAAAUGAUAGAUUUGAUUACUACACAUGAAGGACAAAAAGAUCUAUCCAAGUACACGAUCCCAGUUCACCAUCGCAUUGUCCAGUACAAGACUGCCUAUUAUUCAUUUUACCUUCCGGUCGCAUGUGCAUUGCUUAUGGCUGGUGAGAAUUUGGACAAACAUAUUGAUGUAAAGAACAUUCUUAUUGAAAUGGGAACCUACUUUCAAGUACAGGAUGAUUAUUUGGAUUGUUUCGGUGAUCCUGAAGUGAUUGGUAAGAUAGGAACAGAUAUCGAGGAUUUUAAGUGCUCAUGGUUGGUUGUGAAAGCUCUUGAACUUGCCAACGAAGAACAGAAGAAAUUAUUACAUGAGUGUUAUGGAAAACCAGAUCCAAUUUUGGUUGCAAAAGUAAAGGAACUCUAUAAUGCUCUCAAUCUUCAGGGUGUAUUUGCUGAGUAUGAGAGUAAGAGCUACGAGAAGUUAAUCUCCUCCAUUGAAGCUCAUCCAAGCAAAGCAGUGCAAGCUGUGUUGAAGUCUUUCUUGGAGAAGAUAUACAAGAGGCAGAAGUAAGGCUUGGAGAAACAAUUGAGGAAAGGGAAAGGAUAAAAGGAAAUGGAAUAAAAUGUUAAUUCUUUCUUUUCCUAAUUUGUUUGCAAUUUUCUCACGUAAGCAAACAUUGAUGUCUCUCUCGUUCAAUUUACAAACACUUGAUAUAUUGCCUCUUCUGCUGAUUUUCUCCA